AUGGACAUGGUUAAAGAACUUUUUCCAAUAGUAAACGAUUCAUUGUUAGAGAGCGAGAAAGAAAGCGUAUACAAGGUACUAGCGCGUCAUACUGUAAUAGUCUCGGAAAAUAAAACGGACUUGGGAGAGGCGAGAGAUGUCCAACACUUUAUUAACACUGGUCAACAUAUCCCAGUUAAAGCUACACCGCGUAGAUUUCCGUUUCAUAAGCGUGAGGUUGUACGAGAAGAAGUGGAAUCGAUGCUUGCAAGCGACGUGAUUGAACCUUCCACAUCCCCUUGGUCGGCUCCGGUGGUGCUGGUGAGAAAAAAAGACGGGAGCGAGCGUUUCUGUAUCGACUACCUUAAACUGAAUGCGAUUACGAAGAAGGAUGUUUUCCCUCUACCGAGAUGCGACGAAAUAUUAGAAUCGCUUUCGGGGGCAGCCUACUUCACUCAUCUGGAUCUAGUGCGAGGUUAUUGGCAAAUCAAAGUCGCGGAGCAAGAUCGCGAGAAAACAGCUUUCUCCACACCAGACGGACAUUUUCAGUUUAAAAGAAUGCCUUUUGGGUUGACUAAUGCACCGGCAACAUUUCAACGAGCUAUGAAUACGAUUUUGGCGGGACUGUGCUGGACUGACUGUGUUGUAUAUUUGGAAGACAUUAUUGUGAGUGGGAGGACACUAGAAGAGCACAAUCAGCGCCUUGAGAACGUAUUAGCAAGAUUAGAAACUGCAGGGUUGAAAUUGAACGCAAGAAAAUGUGAGUUUGUCCAACAGCGGAGUGCUAUUUUAGGACAUGUCGUUAGUAAGGAAGGGAUCUCGACUGAUCCCGAUAAGGUGAAAGUCCUGGAGAAAUGGCCUACUCCAAACAACCUAUCGGACUUGCGUUCGUUCCUUGGCUGCACGGGUUACUACAGGCAAUACAUCCGGGAUUACGCCAGAAUUGCCGAACCACUUUAUAGACUUGAACGAAAGGGAACGGUUUUCAAGUGGAACGACGAUUGUCAGAAAGCAUUCAACAUUCUAAAGACAAAAUUGAUAACGGCCCCAAUACUGUCCUACCCGAGACUCGACAUUCCUUUUAUUCUUGAUACUGAUGCCUGUGAUACGGGGAUUGGAGCUGUGUUGUCGCAACGCCAUGGAGAAGACGAAAAGGUUAUUGCCUAUGCCGCCAGGUCCUUAUCAAAAGCGGAAAGGAACUAUAGUACUACUAGGAAAGAACUAUUGGCCCUUGUAUGGUCGAUGGAACAUUUCGCAUCCUAUUUAAUAGGAAAACCAUUCAGAGCACGUUCUGAUCAUAAUGCACUGAGGUGGAUAAGAAAUUUUAAGCAACCUAAAGGACAAGUAGCACGAUGGAUUGAAAGAUUGUCCGUUUUUGACUUUGAAAUUGAACAUAGACCUGGACGUAGUCAUGGUAAUGCUGAUGGUGUAUCACGUAUACCUCAGGAUACUCGUGAGGUACAGAGUGGCCACGUAUGUAACGCAUCGAAUGGUAAUGACGAAACGAGCCCGUGGUGUCUGCGCUGGACAGCGAAGGAACUGAGUUUGCAUCAACACGAAUAUCCAGAGAUUUGUCGCGCGAUCGGAUGGGUGAAAGACGGUAAGCGACCACCGAAGGAGGAUAUAACACGUAUGGGUCCUCUAAUGGGCAAACUUUGGAGCAAAUUCGAUUAAUUGACGCUUGUUGAUGGACUUUUGUAUCGUAUUUUCGAGAACGAUAAUGGUAAUGACCGACAUCUUCAAAUUUGUUUAGAGAUAAUCGAUAUUCUUGGGAUAAAGAAAACCCGAACAACACCAUACCACCCUCCAAGUGAUGGCCUUGUUGAACGAAUGAACCGGACUCUGAAAGAUAUUCUUUCAAAGUUGGUCAAUGAACGUCAAGAUGAUUGGGACAGAUGUUUACCUCAAGCAUUGUUGGCGUACCGGUCCACCGUGCAAACCUCAACAGGGUUCUCUCCACAUUUCUUGAUGUUUGGAAGAGAAACAAGAAUCCCAGUUGACCUAAUGACACCUGAGCCCCCUCAAGCAGAAGUACCACUGACUACAUCAGAGUAUGCGGAAAAAUUGAGGAAACGUUUUGAAAGAACAUACGAGUUGACCAGAGUAAAUACAAAGAAAUCUAGCGAGCGAUAUAAAGACUACUAUGACGCGAAGGCGAAAGAUACGACGUACAACGUCGGGGAGAAAGUAUGGUUGUAUGUACCAUUUGUCAAAAAGGGAAAGAAUUUGAAGCUAUCACGGCCGUGGCGGGGUCAUAUACGAUUGUGAAGAAAAUUUCAGAUGUGGUGUAUCGAAUCGAGAAAAAUGCCAACAAAAGGAAUAGGUUAGUAGUCCAUUACAAUCGUCUUAAACCGUGUUUUGAACGACCGUUGAAAAGUCUACCUAAUCGACCACCAAACGAGACGAAACUGCAAUCGAAAGAAACCCCCGAAACGAGAAAAGAAAACGUGGAGAAUUGUAGUGGCCAAACCCCGCAAACGGAACCCCCAACCAACGGAGGAAAUGAUGAGGAUGAGUGGACAGUGAGGUAUUUUAGAAGAAAUUUGAGACAAAGUAGACCAAGUCGGGCAAUUAACGGGGAGGAACACGGACAAAAUUUACCUGAUGAGGUCCAAGAAGACGUACAACAUUUACCUGACGAAUUACAACAGGAUGGGCCAUUGAGUUCAAUGGAACAGAAUAAUCAGAGAGACGGUAGCGACGAGACAUUGCGAGAACCAGUAGAAGGAAACGAGGGACAGUCACAAGCCCCACCGGAAAGGCCAGCGCGAACGAGAAAAAACCCAGCGUGGUUACGGGACUAUGAAUAG